GUAACACAUAAUCGUUAGAAUGUUUUUGAAACUAUUUUUCGAACGUACCCUUACGCUAUCUAAAAAAAAAGCAACAGGUGAUUGACGUUUACGAUUUGUGACAGACGACGGCGAAGUUUAGUAUUGAGGUUGUUUUUCGAUGACCAGUAAAUCAACAAAAAUCUCUGAAAAGUGCCACAGUUUUCAUAAUGAGUAGAAAAAAGCAACUGACGGACCGUCAAAUAGAAGAGGAGCUCGAAGAUCUCUUUGGGUUUCCUGAUGGCAUGGUGUCUGAAGACGAUGCUGAGGUAUCAGAUAAUGAAAGUGCUAAUAAUACUGACCUGGAACGAAUUUUAGUAGGUGAAGAUUUAUUGCUUAGUACAACAAUUACCAACAGUUCUACUGAUUUGCCUGAAAGAUCACAAUCACCUUCUAUAUUAGUCCAACCUUCAACGUCUAAUGAAAGUUUCUUUACUCCUGCUGACAGACAAGAUAUUAUAGACACUCUUUCAGAUUUUUCUUCAUCAUCAGAUGAAAACUCUGAUGAAGAUGAAAUCGACUGGAAAAAACAAGAUUGGGAACAAAGUCCCUCUAUAGAAUUUUUCGAUUCUGUGCCAUUACGCUCAAGUAGAAGUUUACCUAAUAGAACAAGACCUAUAACAUAUUUUGAACUUUUUUUUGAUGAAGAAGUUGUGAAGAAUAUAGUUGAACAGACAAACAGAUAUGCAGCAUCUUGUAACGCACAAAACUGGCAGGAGUUAUCAGAGGGCGAAUUCAAAGCAUUCCUUGGUAUGAUCAUACAGAUGGGUAUUCAUAAACUUCCAACAAUUGAAGACUAUUGGUCCAGUGACCCCAUAUUACAAGUUAUAGAAAUAGCUGAAACGAUGACUUUACAGAGAUUUCAAAAAAUAUUAAAAUUUUUACAUGUAAAUGAUAACUCACAAAUGCCACUUAGAAAUAGUCCAAAUUUCGACAAAAUGUAUAAAGUGAGACCACUUGUUGAUCGGUUGAACAUUCUGUGUCAAAGAAAUGCAGUACAAACAAAUUCCCAAAGCAUUGAUGAAUGUAUGAUAAAAUUUAAGGGUAGAUCAACCCUCAAACAAUACAUGCCAAUGAAACCGAUAAAGAGGGGGUUCAAGGUAUGGUGCAGAGCUGACAGCACUACUGGAUAUUUAUACCAAUAUGAAAUAUAUACUGGCAAAACAGAUACAAGCGAAACUGGACUGGGGGAGAAAGUAGUAAAAUCCUUGUGUGAAUCUCUUCUUACAAAAGAUUAUUUAGGUCAUGUUGCAUUUGAUAAUUAUUUUUCCAGUGUUGACCUUCUUCAAUACCUCUAUGAAAAUGGCGUCUACAGUACAGCCACAAUUAGAACCGAGCGUGUUGGUUUACCUCUUUUAGUGAAAAAACCUAAAAAUACUGGUGACAAAGAAGAAGAUCAAAGACUUUCAGAGGUAGCAAAAAAGGAAAGCACAAAAAUCAAGAAAAUGAAAAAGGGGAAGUGGAAAUGGAGGGUCAGAGGGAAUGUUGGUUUUGCUGUUUGGAAAGACACAAAGCCAGUUACUGUGGUGAGCACAGCUUUCCACCCAAAAUUAAAAAAAACAUGUAAUAGAACACAAAAAGAUGGGUCUAAAAAAUCUAUCAAGUGCCCUGUAUUGAUAACAGAAUAUACAGCUCGUAUGGGAGGGGUGGACCGUUUUGACCAACAAAGAGGUCAGUACAAUGUUGGUAGAAAAAGUCGAAAAUGGUGGAAAAGAAUUUUUUAUUUUUUAGUUGAUGUUGCAAUUACCAAUGCUCAUAUUUUGCACAAAAAUAAUACAAGAGUCCACAACAGAAUGAAACAAAAAGACUUUAGACUGGCUCUUGCAAGGGAGUUGGUGGAUAAUACUACUUAUAGAAAACGGCCAUUCAAGUCAUUGCCCAAUUAUGUGUCUAAAAAGAAAAAAGUAAAUGAAAGUGGAGAAAGACAAAAACAGAAGUUUGGAGUUCCACAUGAAGUAAGAUUUGGAAGACUUGGUGAGCACUGGCCUGAAGAAACAGAUGGAUAUAAACGCUGUCGCUACUGCAGCACCAAAGUCAACAAUAAAAGGUCUAAAAUACAGUGUGAUCGGUGCGAAGUAGCCCUUUGCAUUACACCCUGUUUCAAAUUGUUUCAUCAAAAUGAUCAAUAAUGGUAUCCCCUGUACCAGCAGUGGCAAUCCUGUUGCCACCAUGUUUUUUUCUAUAACUAAGAAUAAAAAAUUUUUUUAAACAUUUUUUAUAAAUAAAAUAAGGUGCAAUGAACCGAAAAAUUUACUUAUUAUUUCAAUGACACUGAAAAACGUCUCUACCAGUCAAAGGGUUAAAUUUU